AAUGUAUUUUGGUGUUUAGAAGAAUUUACAAGUGGUUACGAAAGUUCGUAAAAGGCAUAAAUCUGCAAAAGUUAAGGCUAUUCAAGUAUGGCUGGUAAUUAUAAUAAACUAGAUGAUGAGGGUUUUGUUGAAACUGAGAAUGCUGAUGAUGAGGAAAUGGAGGUCUCCAAUCAACAGGCUGAUUCAGAAGUGGAUGAGGUAUUGAAUGGACCCCAAGCUACUGUAUUUUAUGUCCCUGAUACCCAAUCUUCCCUCUCCUCCACCGCUGAUAUUCCUGGUAAAGAUUAUUCUAAAUCAGAAGUUGAAAGCUUAAUGAAAUCAGUUCCAUAUCAGAAAAAAAUAGCCACCUGUCAUCUUUGCCAUGAGUGCUGGUUUGAAGAAAGAUUCACUGAGGGCUGUCAUGAGUGUGGAGGUUACCCUUUAACAAGACCUUGUCCUAUCUGUAAUGGUCAAUGUGAGCAAAUAUGGCACCGAAAUAUCAAAUCUUCACAUGCAUUUCAUGAAGCACAGUGGGAUGGAUUAUGUUCGUUACCAUGGGAACAACAGCAUGCAUUUCUCAUCAAAAACUUCUCGGAAUCAAAUGAAGAUGCUUUAAUGAAGAGUUUACAAGAUCUGCAUGCCAGUUAGCAAACUAAACAGGAGUUGCUUCCCUUUUUGGAUACUCUUCUGAACCUCCAGUGCUUGAAGCCAUGUUGGUCUUAUGUGUUCACAUUUCACGUUGCUAAAUACUUUAUCCAUGACUUACUAAAUACUAAACGUUCACAUCUGCUUCUGCUUGGAGUUUCUGGUCUGCU